AUGCAAAGCAAUUGGGAGGUUUGCCUCACCUUAAUGACACUCUGCGCCCUGACCGAGAAGGUCUUUGGGGGCUACGGUCUGAGCAUGUUUGCCGCCCAGUCCUCCCCUCCGGACCCGUGCUACGACGAGAACGGCAACCCUCGAAGGUGCAUCCCCGACUUUGUCAACUCAGCCUUCGGUAAGGACGUGCGCGUGUCCAGCACGUGCGGCACCCCCGCGGCCAGGUACUGCGUGGUGACCGAGAAGGGAGACGACAGGACGCGGGACUGUCACACCUGCGACUCGGGGGAUCCCAAGAAGUGUCACCCGUCCGCUUAUUUGACUGACCUGAACAACCCGCACAACCUCACCUGCUGGCAAUCGGAGAACUACGCGCAAUAUCCGCAAAACGUCACGCUCACUUUGUCUCUGGGCAAGAAGUUCGAAGUCACCUACGUGAGCCUGCAGUUUUGCUCACCUCGCCCAGAAUCCAUGGCCAUAUACAAGUCCAUGGACUACGGCAAGUCUUGGGUGCCCUUCCAGUACUACUCGACCCAGUGCAAGAAGAUGUACAACCGGCAGAACAAGGCUGUGAUCACCAAGCAGAACGAGCAGGAGGCCAUCUGCACGGACUCCCACACGGACAUGCACCCGCUGACCGGGGGUCUCAUCGCCUUCAGCACUCUGGACGGGAGACCCUCGGCGCACGAUUUUGACAACUCGCCGGUCCUCCAGGACUGGGUGACGGCCACCGAUAUUAAGGUGAUCUUCAGCCGGCUGCACACCUUCGGGGACGAGAACGAGGACGACUCGGAGUUGGCACGAGACUCGUACUACUACGCCGUGUCGGACCUGCAGGUGGGCGGACGGUGCAAGUGUAACGGUCACGCGUCCAAGUGCGUCAAGGACAGAGAGGGUCAUCUCGUGUGCGAGUGUAAGCACAACACGGCGGGACCCGAGUGCGACAGGUGCAAACCAUUCCACUAUGACCGACCGUGGCAGCGCGCCACCGCGAGGGAAGCCAACGAAUGUGUCGCCUGCCACUGCAAUCUUCACGCUCGUCGCUGCCGCUUCAACAUGGAGUUGUACAAGCUGUCGGGCCGCAGGAGCGGCGGAGUGUGCCUCAACUGUCGUCACAACACGGCGGGACGUCAUUGCCACUACUGCAAGGAAGGUUUCUACAGGGACAUGACCAAAUCCAUUUCACAUCGGAGAGCUUGCAAAGCGUGCGACUGCCAUCCAGUCGGAGCAGCAGGGAAGACGUGUAACCAAACGACAGGCCAAUGCCCUUGCAAGGACGGAGUUGCUGGGAUCACCUGUAACCGCUGUGCAAAGGGCUACCAGCAGAGUCGCUCUCCUAUCGCCCCCUGCAUCAAGAUUCCAGUUGCAUCCCCUACAGCGACAUACAGCAGCUACGAUGAGACUUCAGAUUGUGAAUCCCACUGUAAAACUUCCAAAGGGAAGAUGAAAAUCACCAUGAAGAAGUACUGUAAAAAAGACUAUGCUGUCCAGGUGCACGUCCUCAAAGGAGACAAGGCAGGCGAGUGGUGGAAAUUCACCGUCAACAUCAUAUCUGUCUACAAACAAGGCGAGCAGCGCAUCCGCCGCGGGGACCAACUGCUGUGGGUGCGUUCCAAGGACGUAGCCUGCAAAUGCCCCAAGAUCAAACCCGGCAGGAAGUACCUGCUCAUGGGCUCGGACGAUGACGACUCCCCCGGGCAGAGCGGUGUGGUGGCGGACAAGGGAAGCCUGCUCAUCCCUUGGAAAGACUUGUGGGGACGCCGCCUCCGGAAGUUCCAGCAGCGCGACAAGAGGGGAAAGUGCUAA